AUGUCGCCGCUACUCUUUGUGCUCUGUCUCGAACCAUUGAGUAGGCUCCUCAAUGGAAGACACGAACAAUUGUCAAUAACUCAUGAGGGACGUUUGUUUAACACGAACCACCUUGUGCUUAUUGACGACAUUAAAUUGUUCGAUCGGUCCUCAAACCAACUCCGCUCUAUGGGAGAAUGUGUGAACGAAUUCCUGGGGAAAAUAGGAUUGGAACUUAAUUUUUCCAAGUCGGCGACUAACUUGCAAUUAUAUGGCGAUCUAGUCAAGGUCUUGGAAGAUCACGAGGGAUAUAAGUACCUCGGGAUCACUGAAAGCCCCAAAUCGCUCAUACUCCCAGAAACCAAGAUCCAAAUAAUAGAGGGAGUUCGGAAGCGGGCAGCAAUGUUAUGCAAAACUCAUUUAAAUGCAAGGAAUUUAUUCCAUGCGUUGAAUGAAUAUGCAAUAUCAUUGCUUAACUAUUAUGUAGGUAUUGUGGAGUUUGAGCCACAGGAGUACGAUGAUAUGGAUUGUAUGAUCCGUAGAGUACUGAGGGAAAACCAUGUUUAUGUGCUGGCAGCCAACAAGGAGAGGCUAUAUCUACCACGUGCUCAAUUCGGAAGGGGGCUUUGUGGAGUGGCCCAUUUAAGUGAGCGUAUUCUCCUGAAGAUGCAUGACCACCUGGUGUCUGGUGCUAGUGUAUCAGAUAGGAUGUACGCAAUCUUGCAAACGGAAAAGGCACGAGCUAGUCACCUUGGAACCAUAAAGGCCUAUUUGUUGGCUAAGUACGGUUUCGAGAGUGAACGAGUGGUAGAUGUGAAGGGGUUGAUCAAAGUACAAAAAGAGUCUUUGAUUAAAAAGAUCAACUUAAAAGUCCUUCACAAGACCCUCUUCCAAGCUUUGGACAAUCCGCAUGUUGACGUUAAGUCGUCAACGACUUGGCUAAGAUAUGGAAAUAAUUCCCCUCGAUCCGAAGAAUUAUUUACCUAUCUGCAAGAUCGAAACUUUUUCUGGAAUCGAUUUAAGGUCUGUCCUCAUUGUAAAUUGAGGUGCCUGUCCGUAGACCACAUAGCCACGAAAUGCGGUCGUAUGCUUUACCACGACUAUACGUGGAGGCAUAACGAGGUUGUACGUAGUUUACACUUAAUGCUGUGCAAUAAGUAUGGGAUUAGACGUUCCAGAAAGUUGCGAACUCAUAAGGUGCAGUCUGUGGUCGAGAAUGCUAGAGUAUGCAUUAAAGUGAAUACUAGUAUUCACACCUCGAUACUUGUCCAGCACAAUAAGCCGGACAUUGUGGUACAAGAUAAGGUCUCUGGCGAGAUACCUAUCAUAGAAGUUGGCAUCACAUGUCUAGAUCGUUUGACCACGGUGGAAGUGGAAAAGAAGCGUAAGUACGACCUUCUUGCAAACGAGCUUGGGUUGAUGCACGGAUGCAAGGUCUUUGUCAUUCCUUGCGUGAUGACAUGGGAAGGAAUUGUAUCUAAGUACCACAAGGGUUAUCUCAGGCAGUUGGGAGUCGAUAGGUACAUUCAGGCCUAUAUGCAGUCCACUGUCCUGAAAAGAACUCUAGAGAGUGCAUCUGUUGAUGCGCGCAGAUCCAGCCCCCUAAUGCCACAUGGGCAGAAUUAUCGGCUGGAAAAUGCUCUCACAGAGCUAUUCCUUCGACCAGAAGCAGAGGAGGCUGGUCUCCAGACUUCAGAUGCGGACGGGUCGUCGGAUUAA